GACAGAAAUGGAUGUGGUUGACGACGCGACGAUGCGGCAGUACUCGGCCACUCGUAUCGCCCUGUCGUACGGACCCAGCAUUACGUUUGUGAUGCUGGUGCGGCUGACGAUUCUGCUCUUCCGACCCGACAUCGAGGACGUGGCUAAUCGUAAGCUCGGGGACGUGUCACCUCUGCCCAUGACCCGAGAGUACGACUUCAUCGUGGUAGGUGGAGGCUCGGCAGGGGCCGUCAUCGCCAACAGGCUCUCUGAGAAUCCCGACUGGACCGUUUUGUUGGUGGAGGCUGGCGGAGACGAACUCGUACUGAGUGAUCUGCCGUUUGGUUAUGCCUCUCUGCAGCUGUCUCCGAUAGACUGGCAGUAUAAGAGUGAGCCCACGGACACCGCAUGUCUCGCCCUUAAGGACCGUAAAAGUAACUGGCCCAGGGGAAAGGUCAUCGGGGGCUCCAGUGUCCUCAACGCCAUGUUGUACAUCAGGGGCAACUCUCGCGACUACGACAAGUGGAAGAUGAUGGGAAACCCAGGCUGGGGCUACCAGGAUGUGCUUCCCUACUUCAAGAAAUCUGAAGACAUGCGGAUCCCGGAGCUGGCGAACUCCCCUUACCAUGGGCACGGCGGUUAUCUGACGGUCGAUCACUUUAAGUUCUACUCCAAGAUCACAGAUGUGUUCUUGCAGGGAGGUCGAGAGCUUGGUUACCCCGAGCUUGACGUUAACGGGGCCCAUCAGCUCGGCUUUACACGAUCCCACGGGACGGUCAGGGACGGGCUGAGAUGUAGCACGGCCAAAGCCUUCUUGAGGCCCAUCAGAAAAAGGCAAAAUCUCCACAUAUCCUUGAACACGCAAGCUGAGAAGAUCAUCAUCGAGGAGGAUAGUGGAGGCUUGAGAGCUACUGGGGUGUUGGUGAACAAACAAGGCAUGGGGGUUAUCCGGACAAAGGCCAAGAGGGAAGUCAUUCUCGCUGCUGGUGCGAUUGGCUCUCCUCAGUUGCUGAUGUUAUCAGGGAUAGGACCCGCCCAACACCUGCUGGAGAAAAACAUCAAGCCGCUACUGAACCUGCCAGGGAUCGGCGGGAACCUGCAGGACCACGCGGCGAUGGGUGGUGCCACCUACCUGUUCGACUCACCGGAUGACUCCAAGCCUCUGGGAUACGGCUGUGUCCUUCCGAGGAUGAUGACUCUCAACACCCUCAAGCAGUUUCGCAACGGCACUGGCCCACUGUACGCCAUGCCGUUCGCUGAGGGGAUGGCCUUCGUCAGUACUAAGGUCAAUAGGGAAGGGCCCGAAUGGCCGGAUGUCCAGUUGUUCUUCGCCACCGCGGGUGACAACACGGAUGGUGGGUUGUUCAACAGAAGGAACACGGGUUUCGUUGACGAUAUAUACGCAUCUGUAUUUGAGCCGAUCCUCUACAGAGACGCCUUCACCAUAGUGCCUCUCCUGCUGCGACCUAGGAGCAAGGGGAAAAUCGUCCUCAAAGACAACAACCCCUACAGCCAUCCUCUGAUAUACCCGAACUAUUUUGAUGAUCCACACGACGUGAAAACUCUGGUGGAAGGAGCCAAGAUUGGAUACAAGCUGAGCCAGACCAAGCCAUUUCGCAAGAUCAACACUCACCUCCAUAACAUCAGCAUCCCGGCCUGUGCUCAUCUGGAAUUUCUGUCCGACGACUACUGGGAGUGUCAGGUACGGUGGUAUACUAUGACCAUCUAUCACCCGGUGGGCACGUGCAAGAUGGGACCGUACAAGGAUCCAGAAGCCGUGGUAGACGCACAGCUACGGGUCUAUGGGGUGCCGAACCUACGGGUGGCGGACGCCUCUAUCAUGCCUACCAUAGUCAGCGGCAACACCAACGCACCGGUCAUCAUGAUUGGAGAGAAGGCUGCCGAUAUGAUCAAGGGAUUCUGGGACAUCUACAGGAUAAAACUGGGAGAGGAAACUCCUGAGUUGUAUAAUCCAGACUCACCUGACUUUGAUUGGGAGGCGUCAUUGACAGCGGACCAGGCGAGGGCAGAAUUGGACGAUAUACUGGGAGCAGAACAAGAUAACGUUCUGUGGGCAAUGCAAUCGGAACCGUCGACUCCUGAAGGAGAAAUGGCUAAACUCAAUUUGGACGAAAUAUUCGGUGCCGUACAAGAAGAAACCAUCCGUAAACUAGACGAGACGUUGGGUAGCGAUCUAUGAGUACACUCAAACACAGUAGAGAACCAAACAUAAAAUUAAGUAAUGGUAGAAUCUUCUAACGACGGUGCGCUUUUGAAACAUUCACAGUAACAACACACAUAACAGUUAAACACACAGGUUCAAGAUACUACUGAGCCUCCAUAAAUAAGGGUGACACUUACUAUAUAAAGCGUUAUGUAAAAUCGUUACGUUGAUUAUUUAAGAUUUUAAAUAAAUAGUCAUUACUAUGAGAUGAGAUGUAGAAAUUACAUAAGGUCCUGUUUUCAUACUACAAAUUAAUUUGACAGAACGAAAAUUGAACAAAAAAUACGUUCUGAUUUCUCCAUGUAGUUUCGGGCACAAUAAAAUAUUACAAAAUAAAGCCAUAACAAAAAAAAAAAAGAAUUCUAAAGUCGGAUUUCUUAUAAUGAAACUAAACGUGUGUUUGAAACAGGUUUAGAAGAGGAGGCAAACUAAAUGAAACUACGACUGUGCAUCAGUCAGGCACCUAGCAAUUAAAGCCAACAUAAAUUGAAUGAUUUUUCAAAAUUCAAAGAAGGCAAACUUAUAUUAUUAUUAAAAUUUCCGUACUUAAAAAAUACAUUUGAAAUGGAAUAAAUGACACACAUGUAAUGUAAUGACACACAACGCAUCUAGACAAACAAACCUGAUCUCUUUAUUACCCUUUUACACUGCACAGUAAUAUAUUAUAAUGUUUAACAGCGUGUGCUGUAGCUAGUGCCGUGUUGGCAGUUAUCUUUUUGUACUGCUUGCAUACAAUUUUAAAGACAACUAGUCUGCACAUAAUGACGACACUGAAUCUGUAACGAUUAAAAGCGUGUGCUGUAGCUGGGAUUGUAUCCUAAUUGUUUACUGUUUAGUUUAGAGUAUUCACUUAAUAUUAACAAUGGAGCUGAUAUGGAUUUUAGAGUAAAUAUAAACAUUUUUGUAACGGUAUCGAUUUUAAUGCAUUUUAUGCAUGUUUACGUUUUGCACAUGUUGCUGUUAUUUUACAUUUUCUUUCAGUAAUGUUCAUAUGGCGAUACUGUUACGUAUACAAAUGCUAAACCGGAGAGAUAGAAUAAAAAUGUUUUGUACAAUAUAAUGAUGUAAUGAUACAUAUAAGAUUAACGUUCCUUACAACGUCAGUUACUUUAGUUUAAUUGUGUAACUCUAUGUUCAAUUGAAGUUUCCGUCACCUUGUCAAAUGUUUUAUUCCCAAAUAUAAACGCAAUAGGCUUAAGACAUGAGCGAGUAAAGUAUAAGUUGUGUAAUAUUUUGUUCUUUAACAUUUAUCGACAAUUUCUAUACAGUUUCUCAUGGAUUAAUAAACAUAUCACUUUUACCCUGAACUCUAAAUACUUUACAAGUUAUGCUUAUAUAAUUGUUUAAAAAAUUAUUUGUAAGAAAUUUUCCGCCGUUCUAUAUUUCAUAUUCUAUAAAGCCCAAGUGAAUUAUGAAUUAUAUUAUAUUUUAAUUAUAGUAGAAA